AACACAAACUGUUAAUAAAAUAUGUUUGAAUAUAAUUAAUGAAAAUGUGUUUUAAAGUUUUAAAUUGAUAUUAUUUUUGGAUUUUUAUUAAAAUAAUAAAUGAUUUAUGAGUUAUGCCUGGAUAUGAUAAACAACGGUUUGUGGACAUAAAGUCCGAUGAUUUAAUUGAGUUUACAUGUGGUAUAUGUAUGGAUAUAUUUGAUGAUCCGGUAUUCAGUACGUGUUGUCGUCAAACAUAUUGCAGAACCUGUAUAUCUGAAUGGCUGUCCACACAAAAGUCGUGUCCAAAUGAUAGAAAAUCUUUAACAUUAAGUGAUUUAUCGACUCCGCCGAGAAUUUUAAUAAAUUUAAUUAAUAAACUGAAAAUAAAAUGUGAUUUCUAUGAAAACGGUUGUCAGGAUGUCUGUCCAUUGAGCCAACUGUCCGAACACCGGACAACUUGUCUGUGGAAUCCUAACCGCAAGUGUACCGACUGUGACCUCAUUGUUGGUACUAAUGUUCACAACUGUAUUGAAAAUUUGAAGAUAAGGAUUAAAUCGCUCAACAAUGAGAUUAAGGCAAUAAAACGUGAGAACCGGGAGUUAAAGACAGAGACCGACCGAUCCAAGCGAAACCAAAAUACUGGAAAUAAUCAAUCAAGUGUGAGUCGGGACGACAAAACUAUCCGUAUAGUCAACUCCCGUAUGAAUGAAUCAAUGAAAGAGUACGCCCUAAGUGUGGCCAACGAAGCGCACGACCGCUUCCGUAACGAACCCGAAGGCCGACUCUCAACGUUCGUUAGGAAUGAGUUCGAGAAGAAGUACAAGAGUUUAUGGAACUGUUUGGUCAGCUCUUCCAUCAAUUGGGGAACAAGUAUUCAUCACUUUGAGAACCACUACAUCUACUUCAAGAUAGGACUCUUCCACUUCAUGAUAUGGGAGUCAUCCAAAUGAAUCAAAUCAACUUCAGUUGACCACUACUUUCAAUAAAUAUUAGUCUUUUAUACAAACAAUGCAUUUCAACAAUAAUAUGAUUAAAGUAAUAAUAGA